GAUGGCUGGAGCGGUCGCCGCUCGAGGAAGGCCGUACGGUUCUUCGGGAUGCUCGAGGUAUCGCGCUCGUGCGCACGCUAUACCGAGAUGGCGGCCAUGGACAGGCUUAUUUGGCUGCGUGAGAGAUGGGACGUGGAAGACUUCACAGAAUCAGUCGCGUUUAUUACUCGCUGUGCGCAUCUAACUGCGAAUCGGCGACCUCUUCUUGCAGCAGUGCAGAGGCGACUACUGUAUGAACAGCAGAACCCCUUGGAACGGUACACCAAUGAAGAUUUCAAGCAAAGGUACCGGUUGAGCAAAGCCACUGUUGUUUCCAUCGUAGAGGAAUUGCUGCUUCGGCCAUACCCAAAUGGACGAGGCUCGCCAUUGCCGCCACUCUUGCAAGUGACUACAACUCUGCGGUUCUAUGCUGCUGGUACUUUUCAGCUGGCCAACGCGGACAUUUCCAGUGUAUCGCAACCGACGGUGUGCCGCCUAGUGAAGAGGGUCAGCAGAGCCAUCGCUACCAAGUUGUUACCGUGUCAUGUUACCUUUCCUGCACCCGAGGGCAUGUCGCUGGCUAUGCAAAAUUUCUAUAGAAUCGCCAGUGUACCAGGUGUAACUGGGUGCAUUGAUUGUACUCAUGUUAGGAUAAAGAGCCCCGGAGGUCCUGCAGCGGAAACGUUCCGAGACAGGAACGGCAGCUUUUCUAUUAACGUUCAGGUGAAGCGUUCCUUAUGUUUCAAUUAUUACGUUGUGCAAUGCAUAGUUAUUGAGCUGACCUUUAUCUUGCCAUAGAGUCGCACGGCCACGAAUUUGUAUUUGUUCUGCGUUUCCCUUUUCGGUAGUGAGGUUUCCAAGCAUGAACGGCUGGACGAAAUGAAAAUUUGUAUCAGUAUGUAAAUGUCAUGCAAAGUUCUCCUGUCGAACUGUAAUAUGUCAGAAGUGUAUACUUCCAGUUCGUGUCGUAAUCACACAAUCUCAUUGUCUGUGUUCCCAUUAUAGGCUAUAACUGGCCCAGAACUGCAAUUCUUUGAUGUUGUCGCUAGUUGGCCUGGCUCUGUCCACGACAGCAGGAUCUUCGACAACAGCCGUGCCAAGUUCUUGUUCGAAGAACGUUUGUUACCUGGCAUUCUGCUUGGCGACAGUGGUUAUCCAUGUCUUCCAUAUCUUCUGACACCAUUACUACAACCGCGCUCGCAAGCUGAGAAGCGAUACAACACCGCUCACAUAAAGACCCGCAACACGGUUGAGCGUGCCUUUGGUGUGUGGAAGCGACGCUUUUCAUGCCUAAACAUGAAACUUCAAACCAAAGUCGAGACAUCAGUGACAAUCAUAACUGCGUGUGCAGCAUUGCACAAUAUUGCACGAAAAAUGAACGACUCGUGGGAGCUAGCAGAUGACCCACAAAGUACAAACGAAACUGGUUCUUGGGAGUGCCGAGGAGCAACGACAUCAGGAGCAGCCGCACGAGCGGCGCUCAUCUCUAGGAAUUUCGCGAAUUGAACGGCCUAUGGCACAAAAGUCUACUGCGUAACAGUUCUGGUUUACCAUGA